UUUACAUUUUUGAAAUUUGAACAGGCUUAGGACUUUAACAACUAGAUAGCAUCAGAAGGUUAUUUGUUGUUUAUGCUAACCGCUGUUUACCUGGCCAGAAGGUAAAGUAGCAUCCUUGUUCUCACUGAGCCAGAAGGUUUUUGGACUUUUUCUACAGACUUGGAUCCUCUUAGCAAGUUAAAUGUUUUAGAUAAAGAAAAACACCACAUGGGCUUUGUGUGGUGUUCGAGUGAGCUUCGGCACACUUCUGGUGAGUGUGCCGCCAAGGAGGCAUUUACAAAUAAAUGAAAAAUUUCAGAACAUUGUUCCCCUUAACAAUGUUCAGUUUUUUUCUUAAAAACUGAACAUGGAUUCUGAUUUGAAGCAUUAAAUACUGAAUUAGCUGUGAGCUAAAGUAAGUGUAGCAUGUCUAGGUUAACUGUUGAAAUAACUGCUUCUUUAUGUUUAUGUCACAACUUGCUUUGCAGAAACAUGAAAAUACAAUGUAAGUUUUUAACAAAUCUGUACAAAUAUAAAAUGUGUUAAAUCUCUUCUCUUUAACAAAUAUUUGGUUUGGUUUAUUUUAUGUUGCUAAGAAUUGGUAAAAGUGUACAUGAUGAAAACUAUGACUUGAUGUUUCCCAGAGGUCACAGUAAGUCUGCUUUAUGCUCACUGUUCACUAACUUGGUAUUUUUUACUCCAGUUCCCCUCUGUUAGCUCCAUCCUCUGCACCUGUUCAUAUUUUGAGCAGGUGAUGCAUAUCGCGAUUCUUUCCCCGAACCCUCCCGAGGCUCUGAGCUCUAAAAUCCCUUUGACAAAAGCAUUUGUAAGCAUCAAAGUCUCUCCGACAAAAUAAACCCAGAAAGAAUGUUUUAUCAGCGCACCAAAGAGGGUUAGUGUAGUUUUUCACGGGGUUAACCAUCUCCAAAUGGUCGGGGUGGCAGAUUAGAAGUGAAGGGCGUGCUCCUGGGCGAGAGAGGGGAGAGUGGAUGAGAGAGCGGCCCUAAUGCGGCAUCUCAUUACAACCUCUGUCAGGAUCCCUCUAUUCUACCAUCAUCUCCCCUUAACUUGGUAAAAGCCCAACUGUCGCUUCGAGUGAGUGUGCCGCCAAGGAGGCAUUUACAAAUAAAUGAAAAAUGUCAGACUUGAUUUCACUCCUCUCGGACUGCGGCGCCUCAGCUUUGUCACAAACUGUCUUUGUUGUUCUGGUCUCUUGCAGGUCCACCUCCUGGUCGCCGUGGAUAGGUUCUGGCAGGUUCAGGCCCUCUGUUUUUCUCCCAGGACCCUUGGAAUCAGAAGAUUAAGAUCCAGCACAUGAGUUGUGACUUCAUGGCCUACAGGAAGGUGUGUGAUGCCCAGGCAGGGCCACUGGAUGGAGAGGUUCUGCGCUGCUCUGGAUCCCUGGAACUUGACUGGGACCUGGACAAGGAGGAACUGCAGGAAGCAGGGCCAAGCAGCGAGCGCACGCAGAUGCAGCAUGGCGACUGCCAGAGAUCAGGUUGCUCAGACCCUGGCCCUGACCCUGACCCUGAGUUCAUAGAACCCAUCCAGAAUUCCGUCUCAGUUUCGCCUCAUGGACGCUUUGAAAGACUCCAAGAGGAUCCCAACUACAUCUCUCACUUCACCAGGACGACUGGCCACAAAGGUCAAAGGCGACUUCACUGUUUCAUAGUCAGAUAUGUCCUUGCCGGGGUGGGAAUUUUUGUCCUUGGUAUUCUCGUUGGCUGGUUCAUCCACACUUCUUCGAAACGUCCAACUGCUUCUCCACCUGAAAGCUUGGACCUGCUUGAAGAGCUGCUCAGAGGAAUCAAAGCUGACAAGAUAGAUGCUCUCCAAAAGUCUUUCUCCAGUCUGGCAGGUGACAGUGAGGAGUCCAGGGCCAGGUACCUGUACAGGCAGUGGGUCGGACUUGGCCUGACUGAUGUCCAGCUGUACAAUCACACGGUUCUGCUCAGCUUGCCUGGCUCCACUCCAAACACCAUCACCGACAGAUCCAGCCACCAGUGUUUUCUUCCCCAUGGGGCCCCGUGUGACCAGCGGGGGCCCACUGACCUGCUGAAGCAGCAGUUCUCCUACGCAGCCUACUCUGCAGUAGGCAGCAUUCAGGGAGAGGUGGUGGAUGUCCAGUAUGCCAGUGUGGAAGACUUGAGAAGAGCCAAAGACUCCCUGAACCUCACUAACCAGAUUGCUGUGGUCAAGCUUGGUCAAGCACCCUUAUUAUAUAAGCUGUCUCUGUUAUCUGACUUUGGUUUUCGAGGCGUUCUUCUCUACAUCGAUCCCUGUGACGCUCCGCCUGGCCGAAACAUCUGGCACGAAGCUUUCAGAGUCACUUUAAAUCCUGGAGGAAACCCUUCCUUUGCUGGGUCUGGAGGGAGUCUCACAUCCCUGCUGGUUCAGCCCAUCUCCGCCUUCCUUGCCAAGACUUUAUUGUCACCGCCAUCAGUGGAACAGGGAGCAGAUGCCUGCACUCUUUUAUCCAUGCCUCCCAACACAGAGCGAAAGAAGAUUACUGUGACCAUUGGAAACCAGAUGUCCUACAAGAAGAUUUACAACGUUGUUGGAUACCUGAAAGGAAGAAAAAACCCAGAUCGCCACGUUCUGGUUGGCAGUCGUCAUGACAGCGACCAGGGAGGUGGAACUUCGGCCAUUAUGACUCAACUCAUCGCAGCACUAACAGAGCAGACCAAACAGGGAUGGGUGCCGGACCGUACCACUGUGUUCUGCUCAUGGGGAGGCACAGCCCUGGGGAACAUUGGGUCCUACGAGUGGGGAAAGGAUAACAGUGUUGUCCUUCAGAGCAGUGCUGUGGCCUACGUGAGUCUGAACUCUCCAGUUCAAGGGACUGAGACACUUCAAGCUACAGCAUCUCCAACUCUGCUGCAACUGACCUCCGAUAUACAAAGGAGACAGUUGCUGAGUUGCAUCCGUGGAGGAAACUGUCCUGGGCCCAACGUGAGCUCCUUUCAGCUGCCUGGAGAUGUGAGUUUCUUUGCCAACGAGCUGGCUGUUCCUACCGUGGAAUUCGCCUUUGAGCAGACCAAAGCAGAGAGCACAGAGACCACCGGUUUCCUGUCAGAGGCCCAAUUCUCUGCAGAGUCGCCAGAAAAACUCGACCCAUUGUUCAAGUUCCACGAAACCAUUGCAAAGAUGACAGCCGAAGCCAUUCUGCGCCUGGUCAGUGACCCUGUGCUGCCUUUCUACCCUCUGGACAUUGUGUUGGAUGUUCAAAACAAACUUAAAGAUAAGAAUGUGGUAUCGCCUCCCCUGCUGUCCUCAGCCUCCGCUCUCAGAGACCACGCGGCGUUCUUCCAGUCCGAAGCCAUGCGCCCAGCGAAUGACCCCAAAGAGCGUGACCCCUCCCACGUACGCAUGCUGAACGAUGUGCUCCGUGAUCUGGAAAAAAGCUUCAUCAUGCCACAAACGCCGGCCGGAGUGUUCAGAAAUUUACUUUACAGCCUUCCAGGAAAAACUCCCCAGUUCUCCAUCCUCAAGUUCUCCCCGGAUGUGGUUCUGCAUUGCAGCGUGACGAGCAAGGUGGCCAAGCACUACUCUCCAAACAAGGACGCCUUCUGCACCAGCGCCAAGAACCAGUCUCUGUCUCUGAUCCUGAGGGCGCUGCGCUCGGCCGAGAGGCUAGUUGGCUUUGGGCUGGACCUGUUCCAGAAUUACCCGGGCGCCACCAAAUGAUUCUGAUGCAGAUAUAAAGAGUGCCUCCUCUACCAAUCUCAAAAAUCACUCUGCGGUUCAAGAAAGAAUGAAAUUUACAGUUUCAGCUACUUUUUUUUAAUCCAAAUCAUGCAAAAACAGAAUUUAAAAUAUGUAUGAAUGUAUCAACUCUAACUUGUUGCACACCUGCUAUUUGAUAUGCAAAUGAUAUGGAAAAGUGGGUCUGCUUAAAUUGCACUAAUCUGUCUUCCAAUGAGUUUGAACCAAAAGGUGAAUGGUUAUUUUCUAAAUUUUAUGUUACUUUAUCUGAUUUUCCUCUUAACACUUGCUCCACUUGAUGUGGAAGUUUCUUUCCUUUUCACUAAACAAAUUCCGGCACUAAAUGUAAAAAGAAAAUGAAAGUAGCACUUCAGAAUCAAUGUUAGGUUGAAAAGAAAACCAGAUGUCAGUGUUUAAAAGCAAAGAAAAUGGAAGAGUAUUUGAGUUUCUCUUUAAAGUGUAGCCUUGGUGAAUGAACAGAAUAUAUUUAACACUUUAAUCCCUUUGAGCACUUGAAGUGUGUUAGACUGUUCACCAAUAAAACACCAGGAAGUCACUUGGUUUCUGAAGUUGCUUUAGGAAAUCCCAACUCUCUCCAAAUAGAUGAUAGUCUGCAUUUGAAGUGAAAUACAAUUCAGGUUGGAAAAUAAAUCUUUUUUUUUUUUUUUGUAAAAGUCUACCAAUCUGUUAAUGCGAAGAACAAAAGCCAUCCUAGUUUCAGUAAAGAUCACUAUGAGCUAAUCCAUAUUUAUUGUCAAUAUAGUUAUUUUAAUCUCAACCACAGUAUGUGACUUUUCUGUGUUAAUUGAUCAUCAGAAAUCCUGUAAAAAGGAUUUUCCAGAUUUUAUUUUAAAAAGAUUUAACAGGCCUUUAAGUUUUGUUGUAGUUAGGCAUGAUUUUUUUUGCUAGUUUUUGUGCAAACCAUCUAGUAAAGUAACUUAAUGCUAUGAAAAGAAUAAUAUAUAUUUUAACGUAUUUUCAAGUACAGUUUCAAGGCAUGAUGAUUGUUCUAGUCUCUUAUAUUUUAUGAUGGUUUUCUUAGCAUUAAUUAGUUGUAUUUAUGUGAAUGUAUUUCAGGACGCCAGCUGGAAAAUACACAAAAACGCUUUCUAGGUUUUCUAGGAAGAAUUUCUUUGAUUGAUGUAUUUCCUGGUUUUUUGUGUUUCUAUAGCCAUUAUGAUGUGUUAAAAAGUUUUGAUUUUUAAGUCUUUGCAUAUAUUGUCUUUUUUUAAUAGAUGUGCAUACAUUUUUAAGAACGUUUGAUAAAGAACAUUUUGUAAGUUAGACUGAUUAUUGGUAUGUAACUACCAAACUUUUAAAUGCAGAAAUUUACAGUAAUGAAACAAAAAAAAUCUUGUCAGGGAUAUAAAAAAAAAAAGCUUGUGUGCCUUUAAUAAGGAGC